AUGGCUGUUCACCUGUCUCUCUCUGGGAAAACGUUCGGCAGAAUGAGUUGGCCGUCCUCCCCAGCAACGCGAAAUGUUCUACCUGACGAUUGGACGUCUGCUGGUCUCGAGUCUCCCACUGCCCCCGUCCCACCGCCACCGUCUCCGAAUAUAGAGGCAUCGUUGGCCGAUGACGCCCCCCGAGCUGGUCAAAUCUUUUGUGAGAAAUCGAUCAACCAAACGGUCGAGCGAAUACAUUGGGACGUUGAUGAUAUACUAGCAAGGUCACCAGACAAAGAGGAAUGGCAGUGCUACCUUGUCCCGGCUAACCAAUGGGAGGGGUCUAGUUGGACACGGAUUAAGCACCUGCCUCUCAUCCAUGUUGUUCGAAAGACACCAGAUGAUGAGUUCUUCGUGGUAGCGCUUGCUGACUCCUGCAUCCAACAUAUUCGCAAAUAUGGAGUCAGACUCAAGCUUGUGCCUGAGGCCGAUGUCGAGUAUCACGGAGAUGAAUUCAGCACUGCAGAUUUUAUAACCUAUGGCAUACGUGAAGCGAGGCAGAAGUAUCGACGGCAAUUCAUCCGGAAUGCGGGGAGGGGCAUUAACUCACGGUGCGGCAGAGGCUUGGGUCGGCUGUACCAGCGAACCACGCUAGACGAGGGAAUGCAAACAGCCAUCCACUGGGCAAUUCUAAUUACUGAUAUACUUUUCCUUUGCCUGCACAUUGAGGGUAACUUAAGUAAUCUUUCAGCGACAGCCUCGAUCGAGAGGAAGCCGGAUACAUGGCACAAGCUCUUCCAACAAUUGUACACGAUUAAGACGGUAGAGCCGGCCGAGGACCCAAAGGCAGAGAUGCACCAAGUGUCACUGCUCCGGGGGUUGUGUGAGUUCGCUGGUGGAGCAAUCGAUGGCCUACAGCAUGCGUUCAACUGGAAGUUGUCAACCAACGACAACAUGGCAAUUCUUGGCGAUCUCUUUCAGCUUGACUUUGUCAAGCCCCUAAUGAUUGGUUCACUUUGGAGUGGGGAGGUAAUGGAUGUUCUCUUGCGGCAACAGCAAUUACAAGUCACAAGGCAGAUGCUGGAUUGGCUUCAAGGGAUGCACGUGUAUGUGCCACUUGGGUAUUCGGCGAGGCUAUACCAAGCUUUGCCAGCGGACGUCGCCCAUGCUCUCGAGUACCGAAGGGUGAAAGACGUCGAGGCUUCGUUGUCAGCCGUUUUCUUCCACGAGAGAUCACCCGAGACCAUCACGCAGGGUGCAAAGGUUGCAUGUGGCCGGAAUUUGCCUGAGUUCCUUGAGCAUUUUAUGAUUACCCAGUCAAAAUCCCGCCAGACGCACCGUUAA